GUGACUGUGUGCUUUUCCAUGUACAUUGUCACUAUACUAGGUGGGCUGUUUGCACUUGUUCACAGAAUCGUUUGCUUUUCACUUUUUUCGAGGCAUAUCUGGUAUGAUUUCUAUUAUCAUCAUGUGGAACCAGCAUAUCCCCGCUAUGCUCAGUUAUUAAGCGCGGAGGCUGUGUUAUUCGCAACUACAGUCUGUGUGAUCGUACUCCUUAUUUCUCUAAGCUGGUUUGCCAAAGCGUCCUUGAGGUCUUCCCACACACAGGUCAUUGUACGGCAGCAUCUGACAGUCAUAGACUCAGACAGGGAAUGAACAGAGUAUAUUGUGCUGUGUAAGCUGACAUUUUGAUGUUCUCUAGUAACUCAUUAUUGUUGAAUGUAACCUUAAUCAUAUGAAUGCAACCACUGUGGUAAUUUCACUUCAGAUACAGCAAUUUCCCUCCCUCUGUUUUGUUUGGGAAGUUAGAGAUCAGUCUCCGACAAGGCCUCUCCGUCAUACAAGGAGGCUGUAGGUUAUGUCAGCAUGGUCUCUUAGUUUUCCUGCCACUAAGAUGCUAUUGAUCAGUGAUGGUUUGUUCUUUGUCUUACUACUCCUCGUCUUUGCAGAACACAUCUGGAUGCUUUUUAUGACUAUCAGGAGAUGUGUAGAACAGACUGUUUACUAGUUUGAAUUAGUUCAGAAAUGUUCUGAUGUGAUGUCAACAUGUGUGCAAUAGGCAACUAUUUCCUGAUUCCAAACCAGAUAUCUCUGUGUUUUGUGACUCUCUCCGUGCAUGAUUUUUCAAUGGGAAUUUCCAUGAUUGUACCAAAAGUUUUUCUCUCACACAUGUUUGGACACAACAGUUGUUUUGCAAUAAGCAUGUCCGUUCUUCAAACAGCUGCACAGCGACAGCACCGAUUCACUGUAUGCAUGAGGUCUGCCCCCUUGUGGCUGCUAUUUACAUCAUUAAUGUAUGCCUUCUUAUCUCAGCUUCAGUUUGUCUUCCAAAACAUGCACUGAUUAGGAAGCAUGAGUUCCUAAGUUAGUUGUAUCAUUUAAAUUAUGUGCGCUGGGGUGCAGUGGACCGCUUGACCACACAGUGCACAUAAUACAAAUUUGGUAAAAACUUUAGUGUACUGAUCCCUAUCUAUCUGUGAAAACAGAUAGAAAUAUAAUCUUACUUACUUAACUAACAGAAAAUCUUUUAAAAGUUGCAACCAUAAGUCAGCUUCAAAAUACACCCACAGCCAACCUUUUCUCUUUCAAAUCCACUAUCAAAAUCUGUGCACUUCUUCACAUGAUACGGUAAUUCCUCUGACUUAUGGUACUCGACUGGUAUUUACUCUGGUAUCUGACCACGUAUUUACCACUUAUUUCAUAAUCACUGUUUUUUAUAUAUCUGUAUUUUUAAUAACUGAACUACUCUUUGUGUUGUUUUUGUUUUGUUUUGUUUUGUUUGUUGUACAUGUUCACAUUUCACAUCCCACCAUGUACUCUGAAUUCACUUUUUCAAACAACUAUGUUGUAAACGGGUGUGAGAAAGUAGAUACACAAAUUAAAGUUUAUUAUUAUUUUUACUGUAAGUCAUAAUGAUAAUUGUAACAACAAACUACAACCAAACACUACCACUUCUACUACCUCUAAUACUAAUAGUAAAUAGUGUGCAACUGUAUGCACUAUGUAUUAUAUAUAUACAUACCGUUAUACAGUUUAUAUGGAUACUUGACCCACAACAGCACUUUGCAGGGGGAGGGUUACACAUUUUAGCCUACUAAACACAGUUGGUGUAUUUGGUUAAUUUAAAAAAAAAAUGCUUUGUGAGAUAUCUCCUAGUUCAACAUGUUGAUUAGGCUAUUAAAAUGACUCACUUAAACAUGCUCAUUCCAGGGGCUCUAAAACCUAUAUCAGAUGAGAUAAAGGAUAAAAAGAAGAUACGUGUUUACCUCAAAAGUGGUCUCAUCUAGUUCCCCUGCGAUUUACCAUUGCUUUGUUUGCUUCAUUGGUUCAGAUUGCAAGUCAGUCUGUUACAAGUGAAUAAACCUACACUUUAAACCUACCAAAAGUUGAGUAAUACCGCCACCCUCUGGUUAUUUUGGAGAAGGCCACUACAUUUCUCUGCUUCGGCCAUUGCGUCAUUUUUCAGCGACACUUUCUGACAAGCAUGGCUUGGGCCGAGGUGGAAAAGAAACCCACACUGGAAAUGGUCCAGGCGGACGGGGCGGAUGAGGGGUGCGUGACAUUCGUUCUGCAUGAAGAGGACCACACACUGGGCAACUCCCUCAGAUACAUGAUCAUGAAGAAUCCAGAAGUGGAGUUCUGCGGCUACAGCAUCACCCACCCAUCGGAGAGCAAGAUCAACUUCCGCAUCCAGACACGAGGGGGUCUUCCAGCUACGGAUGGAUUACGGAAGGGCUUGAACGAACUUACAGAAGUCUGUCAGCAUGUCCUCGGCACCUUCCAGGCACGAGUGCAGGAGUUCAAGGAACAGCAGGAUGAGCCGAUGGACUGAGAGAGCUUGUCUUCGUUUCCCAGAGCGUCGCGAGUCACCUGACUUUCAUCUGCUUCUCUCUGUCUGAGUUCUGUCAGCAAGGCAUGUGCUUGCGGAUCAAACAGAUUGUUUUUGGACUGUCUGAAGCGUCUAGGAAACGUCAGCGACUUCGGCCGUUGAUUGUGGCCUCCUUUCCUGUGUUUUGUACAGAUUUCUCUUCCUGUUUUUGUACAGUUUGAAUUACACCUUCGUUAUGUAAAAGAUUUUUUUUAAUAAACGAUUCCUCAUGUGUUGAAA